AUGAAUACCCUCGAAGGCCUCGACGAAGUAAUCGUCAACGCCCUCCGAAAAGGAAUCAACCAAUACCGCUACAAAAACGGUGCCUUCACCAGACAAAUCAGGAAGAACACCUCCAUCCACGACGCCCUCCGAGUCUUCAUCAACUCACCUCUCGUCACCAACGCCGAGAAAGCCGAGCACUUCCUACCUACAUUUGAAUACCGUACCAAGCUCGAGCAAACUGCAAAGACGAAGACGAAGGAAGACCACGUGUUCUGGCUCAAUGCGUUCACGAGAUUGCUGGAGGUAUGUGAAGUCUUUGAGAAUGAUAUGAGAGCUCGUGGUGUGAAUCUGGGACCUCCGCUGCCUGGGAUGAUUCAAGUUGCGGGUAGUGGGAGGGGAAUCGACCAGACGUUGGUGUUUGAGAAUGACGGCACUAUCAGUAAGCAUGAGGGCGGCGAGCUUGGGGUCAUUCCCGGGGCACGUCCAUCCUCGGAGUGUGCACGAGAUGUAAAUCGUCAACAGGGACAUGCUGGAAGUGAGGCUGGAAGCAAGGCUGGAAGCAAACGUGGAAAGAAGAAUAAGAAGUCACGGGCUAAAAACGGAGUGGGCGAUGUCGAGCUGGCUGGAUCGGAAAUUGUGAAGGGCGAACACACCGGGCUCACAGACAAGACUGACUGUGAUGAUACUGGUAAUUCUGCCAAUGGCCAAGGUACCAUCAACAAACCGACCAGUAUCGAAAAUAAUACGACAAAGCCCGACGACAUCGGCGACUUCAGCGCUGCCUUUGGCAGAAAUGCUCGGCGAUUCUUCGAUUGA